CGUGCACUCGCCAACACCAACUUUGCACCGAACUUUGCUCCCCAUCAACUGCUACAAUGCUUGUCUAAACCGUGCUUGACUCUAGAUCAUAUACUUAGCCCACAAAAAUGGACCCAGAUUCUCUCGAUUCACGCACUCAAUUGUUUACGGAACAAGCUGCGUCGGCGCAGUCCGACCAUUCAAGCAGUCGCUUUUUUGCCCGAGACACCAUAGUGGCAUUGCUGGAAGGGUCCGAUAGCGAAGAUGAAGGCGCAGAGAGUUUGGAUCCGCUGUUGAAGGCACUUCCUUCAAGUUCGCAAGACGAGUCUGCCAAGGAUACAAGAGCUUCUAACUUCGACAUUGACCUCGAGGAUGAAGCUAUUCCACAAGUACCUCUGGUCAAUCGCUCGCCUACUACUCACGUCACGACUCAAGACGAUGAGGAUGGCAGUGCUGCUUAUGCACGUCUGAUGAAAAGCAUAUUUUCCAAACCAAAGCACACCGCCGUGCUUGAGUCGAAGCUUGAGUCGGAACCGAGUGGGACAACACCACGCGAAGAGGUCAGAAGUCGUGAGGACGACAUGCUGGUCACAAUGGUAAAUUCGAAACCGAAACUCCCAUCCGAGUCCCCUGCUGUGCAAUUUUCGUCGCCCAAGCAGCAGCAAAGAGUACGCAGUCCUUCUGCUGGGCUUUUUGUAUCUCCUACACCAUCGCGACGCACCUCAUCUUCUCCACGAGCAGAUGAAAACAAUGCAUCUGACUCAGAUGAAAUGCCAUGCACAAUAGGGAAUGCUAGGUUAAGAGCUCUAGUUACCAAAAAGAAGGCUGAACGAGAGGCCAAGGAGAGAGAAGAACAGCGAAGGAUCCAAACAGAUCGAAGAAAGGAGGCACAAAGGCAAAAUGAGUUGGCAAAGCAAUACAAGGAAAUAUAUUCCUCAGAAAUAGAUGACGGCAUGACUGAAGACGCUCAAAAGUCACUCACUGAGAGCUCACGGCCGACGCAGAGGAAGGCGAGCAAAAAAGCAUUGGAAGAGAUGAAUCGCGAAACACAACGCAUAGCACGAAACCAGCAAUUGGCACAUCAAGCGCGUGUGAAAAGAAAGUUCACCACACUGGAUUUUGUCAACGCUUUGGGCCUGUCAUCUACCGUUUCAGAUGAUCAGUCCAGAAAUCAUGGAGCUCUUGUUUCCUCGGACAGCGAACCUCAAGUCUCGAAGGACACACCACCGAGUAGCCCACCAAGCCUGGGGGAUUCGCAAAAGGAGAGCCGCUCAAUCGUGCAAUCAGCUUCGGAAGAUGAGUAUGUCAUUACAACCGUACCUACCGACGAGGACAACCAUGAUCAUCGUCCAUAUCUUGAGCCGCCUUCAUCUGGGCAGCUGGUUCAUAUGGAUAAAGGGAAGGGCAAAGAGACGUUGCCAUCCUCGUCACCAAAAUCAAAACCCACUCAGCUCUUCAGCAAGGGAUCUCGCAGAUCUGCCGACCUAGGUCCUAUUUCGAGACCCGAAGAUUCUGAUGAUGACCUCGAGAUUAUUUUCAAACAGCCUAAGGCCCUUGCAGUCUUCGAUAGGGUCCCAAGAAAGAACUCCAUGGAGCCUGUGCCGCUCCUGAGUCUUCGUGUUCUCUCCCAUGUCAGUCCGCCUUCUAACAAUAACAGAGCUAGCAAGCAUUCUAUGACCCGGGCCCAACUGCAAAUUAAGCUCGCUCAAGAGAUGCAGAGACAAAUGGCAGCGGAGAAGCAUGAGCGCAUAGAAACUAUGAAAGCACGCGGUUAUGUCUUCAAGACGGAGGAAGAAAUGGAAGAAGACCAACUGUUCAUUGAAAAUCAGCUUGAGAAGGCUAGAAAGGAAGCGAUGGAACUGGCCAGAAAAGAAGGAGAAGCGGCGAAGAAGAAUGGUGGAGAUAUUGAUGAGAAUUAUGCUCUGCUCAGCGAUGAUGAAAGUGAUGACGGCGAGUUUGAAGGAGAUGAAGAGGAUGAUGAUCCUGAGGUUGAGAUAUCAGGAUCGGAAGAUGAUGGAGAUGCAGUUGAGGAGGAGGAAGAGGAAGAGGAGAGUGGUUUUGUAGACAAAAAUGGGCAUGGUAUGGACCCGACUGGACUUGUUAACGAUGAAGCAGAGGAGGCGGAUGAAGAUGGCAAAUCUCCCGAGGACGCUCACGGUGAUACUACGGUCGAGAAUGCUCAAACACUGACAGAUGACGAGGAUGUUACGCCAACAAUAGCGCCCCAGAAAUCUCGACAUCGCAAUGUCAUUCUAGACGAUGAGGACGAUGAUCUACCGGCAGUCACAGUUCACUCCACAAUACGAACUUCGACUCAAAUGCAGUCAUCCCCAUUCAAUGCGUUUGGCUUCGCCCUUCCAAACCCCAACCUGAGUCUAACUCAGAUGUUUAAGGGCACCAUGGAAGACUUGGCAACGCAGCAAGACGACGCGCAAGCUGCACAGACCCGAAAAGCUUCAGAAUUCCUUCAAAACGGACCUUCUUCAUCUUCACCCGUCGGAUCCCAGACAAGUGCAUCUGCAGGUCUACUGGUCGAAAGCAGUCAAGUAGAUGUAAUCAAUCCGGCAAAACAAGAUUACCCUAUAACUCCAACGCCUCGUUUUAACAACACACAAGUUAUAACGCCUAUGGCUGUUGGCAGUCAGAUAUCACCUUCCAAGCUGUCAGAAAUUCCAGAGCCGACGCAAGAUGCAGGGUUUGAAAAAUUUAAACCACCAAUUGGAGAGAUACCAUUUUCCACUGCUGACACAGUCAUGAUUCCAAUUUCAGAAUCACCUGUCGUACCGAAGCAAGGCAAGCUACGACGCAGAGCAGAACAAAACCCUCAUUCUUCAGACGAUGAGACAACAUGGAGCGAUAAGGAAGCUAGGGACAAGGAAAGCAGCUUUGAACUCACGACUAAUGCUUUUGACGCUCUUUUUAAACCAUCCAGGAAGCCAGCAUUACCCGAUGCGUUUGACAAGAAACGUAGCGAAGCUAAAGCCAUGAUUGAGGAACAAGCCGAAGAAUCUGAGGACGAAUAUGCUGGUCUAGGAGGUGCAAGCGAUGACGAGAGCGAUAAUGACGUUGAUGAAGAAGUACAGAAGAUGAUCGACGAAGGACCUGUUGAUGUUAAUGAAGCCGAGCUGGCGAGAUUUUUUGCGGACAAGGACAAGGCCGAAGAUGAGAAGAGAAUUGACAAGCUGUACAGAGAUAUAACUACAGGUGCCCUUAGGCGAAAGCGUGGUGUUGGAUUUGACGAACUGUCCGAUGACUCAGAUGAUGAAGCCGCGGAGCGAAGAAAACGCAAGCAGCUGGAGUUCCAGAAGAUGAGGAAGGCGAUGAUGGAAGAUGAGAACAUCUCCAAAAUUGCCGACAACCCUAAAAAGCUGGCCUUUCUCAAGGCGAUUGAGGAUCGUGAAGAUUUCGAUGAUACUGAUUACUUGGAUGACAUGGAUGCGCACCAAUCUUCCUCUGAGGUGCAGCUGAGUGCCUCAACAGACCUACAGCAGGCAUCUCAGAUCGUCACAGAGAAAACAGCAGCGCCCUUGGAUUCAAAACGCAAGCUACCAGCAGACUUUAUUUCAGGUGUCGGAAAGGAGAAUCUUAACCGUGACGGAAUUCGGCGUCGACGAUUAGCGGAUGAGACGCCCUUGACGAAGCGUCCUACCGGUAUGGCUGAAAUUCGAGAGUCCCUGUCAUUCCUGAUCGACGAACCUCUAGUACCCGAUUCACAGCAUUCUGACAACUCAGAUGAAGAAGUUGAGGACGAGGAUGAUGAAGAAGGUCAAUCUGGUCACUUACGACGAAGACGCAAUGAUGGCAAUGGCUCAGCAGUUUUGACUUCAGUACGCGCGUCGGUCAUCAAUCGACUCACUUUGUCACGUCAGAAUUCUGGGAAUAUGGACGAAGAGUUUCAGAUUGCAGGUUCGAUGGCGUUCCACACAUCAAACUCUUCCAGCCACUCCGGCUUCAAGGUUCCAAGUCUAUUGCGGCGGGCAACAACGAAUCUUUCGACCACAUCAAGUGGUUCGUCCCAUACGGCGACGCCCACUAAUGAGACCACUGUGCGGAUGGGCGGUAGCAAGAGGAGCAACAUUCAUUUCCAGGCUAGAGAAGCGGAACGAAUGAAAAAGAUGCGCGAAGCCGAACGACGGAGGACUGAGGGCAUCAGGAAGAGCGUCAUCGGCAAAGGAAGGAUGAGUAUUUUAGGCAAUUCAUUCGGUGGCCUAAACAACGGGUUCGAAUAGAUCAAUUCUGCAUCGUUCUGCAGAUUGUUAAAUCCCGCGAUAGCAACUAAGCAUUAAACUUUAGAUGGCAAG